CUUCUGCCUCGGUGAAAAAAUUGUUCAAAGUUAUCAUGAUGGAUUUUGGAUUUGUGUUGUGAUUUUGAUCUCUAGUAAUGUCGCGACUCCCUCGAUUCUGAAGAUUAUUUGUUUCAAUUUAAAUGGCACAAGAAUGAAGAAAGAAAUACUGUACUGUUCUUUAUGUGUAACAUAUUUCAAUUUAUGUGUAAAUCGGAAAUUCAAGAAGUGGAAGUGAUGGAGCAUCUCUGCUGAUUAAAUCCAGCGUUAUUUUGCUUGAUUGUUAAGUUCUUGUACAUAAAUUGAUUGUAAAUUUCUUUCUCAUCAUGCCUGGAUUAAUUGCAGUACAUGAGUUUGUCGAAGAGACCCGUGAGGAUUACAACUCACCCACCACUUCAACUUUUGUCUCUAGGAUGCCUCAGUGCAGACUAACGAUAAAUACUCUAGAAGAGACGCUCGAUUUUGACAGAGAUGGACUGACCAAAAUGAAAAAAGCUGUGAAGGCCAUCCACAACUCCGGCAAUUCACACGUGGACAAUGAAAUGUAUUUGGCACGAUUACUGGAAAAAUUAGGCAAUAAUGCUUUGACGCGAGAUAUGGAACCUGACAUUGGAGCUGCUUUUCUUAAAUUUGCAGUUGUCACAAAUGAACUUUCUGCAUUGAUGAAAACAUUGAUGCAGAAUAUCAACAACAUUGUCAUGUUUCCAUUGGAAAACUUAUUGAAAGGUGACUUGAAAGGUGUUCGAGGUGACCUGAAAAGACCUUUCGACCGAGCCUGGAAGGAAUAUGAAACCAAGUAUGCUAAAAUUGAAAAGGAAAAAAAACAGCAGGCAAAAGAAGCAGGGCUCAUUAGGACGGAAGUUACUUCGGCUGAAAUAGCCGAUGACCUAGAGAAAGAAAGGAGACUGUUUCAGCUUCAGAUGUGUGAGUAUCUGAUAAAAGUCAACGAAAUCAAGACAAAAAAAGGAAUAGAGUUGUUGCAACAUUUGGUGGAAUAUUAUCAUGCGCAAACGAAUUACUUUCAAGAUGGUCUCAAAACAAUUGAGCAUUUUGGGAGCUAUGUGGCCGAUCUUUCAAUUAAACUGCAACGAAUUCGUCAGAAGCAAGAUGAAGAGAGACGGCAGCUCACUGAACUCCGCUCCCUUUUGCGCAGUGCACCCAGUUUGGACAAGGAGAUAAGUGGGCAGACUCCUGAGCGAGGAGGGUAUUCUCUACAUCAGCUGCAGGGAGACAAAGGUGCAGGCCUCACACGAACUGGUUACCUUUUGAAAAAAUCAGAGGGAAAAAUGAGACGAAUUUGGCAAAAACGUCGCUGCUGUGUUCAAGCUGAAGGAUACUUAGAUAUAUGUCACGCAGAUGAAACCAAAACUCCAACCAGAGUCAACCUUCUCACCUGUCAAAUUAAAGUUGUUCCCGAUGACAAGCGAUGUUUUGAUUUAGUCUCAUACAACCGAACUUACCACUUUCAAGGGGAGGAUGAAGCUGACAUGAGGGCUUGGCUAAGUGUUCUUGUGAACUGCAAGGAAGGAGCUUUGUUGCGUGCAUUUGACCGUGCUGGAGGUGGAGGUCUUCUCGACUUGCAACAAGCCAUCAUUCGUACCAUUCAAAGACUCCCUGGAAAUGAUCAUUGUGCAGAUUGUAAUUCAACGAAUGAUGCAACAUGGCUAUGUACAAAUUUAGGUGUUGUUGUAUGUAUCGAGUGUUCUGGAAUCCAUCGAGACUUGGGUGUUCACAUCUCCAGGAUCCAGUCUCUGACAUUAGAUAACAUUGGAACUUCUCAACUCUUAGUUGCAAGGCACAUGACAAAUCACAAUUUCAAUAAUGUAAUGGAGGCCCGUUUACAAGCUGAUAAUAAACCAACCUAUUCAUCCACAAUGGAAGAGAGAUACGACUUCAUUCGUGCUAAAUAUGUCGACAAGAAAUAUGUACAACGAACAUGCUCAGAUGAACAUGAGCUUUUGAAUGAUCUAGAGCAAGCAGUCAAUAACAAAGAUCUUUAUCAUUUGUUACAAGUUUUUGCGGAAGGCGCAGAUCUGUCAGCACCUCUGCCAACAUCGGAUAUUGGUGAAACAGCACUUCACUUGGCAGUCAUCCAGGAGUUAGGCUCUUCUUUACAUCUUGUCGAUUUUAUCAUUCAAAAUCAACUCACACCAUCUCUUGAUAAGAAAACUCAUUCUCAUCCUGAAAGUAGUGGCGGCAACACUGCUCUUCAUCUGUGUGCAAUCCAUGACAAAUCAGAAUCAAUGAAGCUGCUACUUCGGAGUGGUGCAGAUCCAUCCGUACGAAAUGCGCAAGAUAAAACUCCAUUGGAUAUAGCUUCAGAAAAAGGUCAUAAAUCUUGUGAGGAAUUGUUGAGGCAUGCUUUACAACGACAAAAGACUUUGUUCGAAAAUGUGAACACAGAAUGGAAUCUUGUGCUAGAGGAAGGUUCAACAGAUUUCUCAGAUGAUGAACCAGGGUUGGAUGAAAGGAAUGGAUGCAUCACCCCAGAAAGGAAACAGUCAUCCCGACCACCAAGUUACUCAGAAUCACCUCGCAGUCGUUCCUCAACAUGUGAUAGUCUGAAAUCUAAUAGCUACCGCAGUCAAAUGCCUCCCCCUCCACCCCCGCAAAACAAAAAACCAACCACUCCUAUCUCAGCUGGCUCAAGCAAGGAGUGUAUAAGUAAUGUAGGGAGAGGAAAGAAAAGAAUUGCUCCAAUACCUUUGACUGGAUCAACUAACUACGGAACCCUUCCAACUCAUAACCACAAUCGGUCUCCGUCUGAUCCAAACCCCGGUUACCACACUCUUAAUGUCCACAAACGCUCCCCCUCCUCGGAAUCUACCAGAGCCUCUCAGUUUGUUGGUGCUAAGCUUGUCAUUCCUCCUGGGGAAAUACCCACUCUUAAAUCCACUUCAGCAUGCAGCAAUUCUGGUAUGGUUCAAAGGCCUAAAGGCCCACCUCCACCAGCGCCACAAGGACCUACAGGCAUUAGACUUUCCAAUGGAAGAUCGACUGAAAGCAUCUCAUCAUUUACCUCGGAUGUUGACUCAACUAUUACUGCUAGUCUGCACAAUCCUGUUCCUCCUCCUAGAAAACCGUACUUCAAUUGCCCUCUGGAGCAUGAGAGCACCAUUAGUAGGGUACGAUGUAGAGCUCUGUAUGAUUGUUCUGCAGACAAUGAAGAUGAACUUUCCUUCCGAGAGGGAGAUAUAAUCAUUGUGAUGAGUACAUCAACCGAAGAUGAGAAUUGGAUGGAAGGUGCUCUUGAAAGGGAUCCGUCGGCACGCGGCAUGUUCCCAGUCAGUUUUGUCCACAUGUUACCAGAGAGCUAAGAAAUAAGCUCAAGUGCCAAAGAAACAAACAGAAAGUUGGAAACAUAAGUUUUCUACGAAAAUCAGCUCUCAUUCUCAUUUUGCAGAGAAAGGGACUAGGAAGGACUGGAUCACAUUGGCUUUUCUAACUGUGUGCUUCAAUGUGCAGUUGAAGAAGAAGAUGAUAAAUUUUCUCAUUUUUCGCUCGAAGCAUGAACAGAUUAUUUAAAUUUGGUAUACCCCAAGUCUCCUGAUUUAUUAAUCCAUGGCUUAGAUAUUUAUAUUCAAGAUCAGCUGGCUGUUAUGUCUAAUGCAGAUGGUGACCUAAAUAGCUCUGUAAAAUGACUGUGAUUGAAGUUCAAGAAAGAACCUAGUUGCCAAUUUUUGACAAAAUUUCAUCCUCCUCUUUCAAACGAAUGCUUCCAAUUGAGUUUCAUCACAUGUUCAGUAGAUUCGCAUUUUUUAAUGCUUUAUAACUUAAGUUUGUAGUUUUACAAAUUUGGAUGAACAAAACUGUCCAAAAGAGUGAUAUAAGCCCCAUGAACCCUUUGAAAUGUUUUAUGAAGUUGUUAAGUUUAUCAAAAUUUUUUUGUUGGAUACUUCUACAUGCAAAUCGUCCAAAGUUUCAGUCUUUUGUACAGAGUGAUCCGAAAGCCUAAAACCCCUCCUACUUCUUUUUUAACGAUUGAACUUAAAGGUGUGAAAUUUAAAAAGUUGUCACUAAUGAAUGAGAAGUACUAAUCGGCCUACGGUAUUUUAGGUUUUAUAUCUACGUCGUUUCUCGCGAGACACAUGGCUAACUUUUUCAAAUUGCACCUAAAUUCAGAAUUUUAAUGUGAGCAAGUGCAAACUGUAUAUGUCGGUGGCCGAAGUGCGAAACCUUGUAUCCCCAUUCUGGUGUUUCAAAUUCCAUGUGCGUCUGUUCCAUUUUUUCAAAGAGAAACAAGCCAAGUUUAUAGCUUGAACUUUUUAUAGAAUUUUCUGCUUCAAGGAAAUUUUCAAAAAAUUACUUCGAUUAGUUUCCCAAGAAACAAUAAAGUAUGACCGAAAGUCUGAAAUACCGUUAACAGAGUUAUGUGGUUUCGCAAUUUGGCUAUCAAUAUAUGGGUAUACCUUAGAGUACAAAGAAUCAGAGAAGCCGCUUUCUUAAGUUACCCAGUGUAGAGCCAUACAUGUUUAUUCAAAAGAAUUACUCAAUUUAGAAAUCCUUCCACUAAGUACCUCUGUUCAGUCAAGGGACAAACCUAAAAGUUUCAAAACUAAUAGCAACCGUGUAAAACUAGUAUUGGGAAGUCUAGACUUUAAGAUCACUCUAAGUAUGAGACUUUUUUUUUGUAAAUAUAGCUUCUAUUAAUUUUCCCGCUUGCGUCUACAGAUACGCAGAACUUUUCUGCAGAUGAGCAGAACAGUUUUUUUGUCCUUAGCAAGAAGCUCAAUAGUCUGAUGGCUUUAAACGGCAAACUUGUCUAACAAGCUAAUUGCUGUUUCUAUUGGAGGCUUAAAAGCUAAUCAGGAUUUCCUUACACAGGUUGAUCUAGAAGUCCAGCACCAUCAGAACCAGACACCGCCCCUGUAACUUAAAAACAAAUUGAGAUGGAAACUUGAUAAACUGUGAGUACCCCUAGGUCAAAGGAAACGACUUUUAGGAACCCCCGAAAGGGACCAUUUUGAUACAGGGCAAGAUCCCAAGGGGUUAUAGGGGUGGAGCGGGCUUCUGGAUCAUCCUCUAGAGGUGAGCUAUGGAUCAAGACAUGCUCAGCCAAUCCUCGAACGGAAGCUUAUCGGUCAGUUGGAUACUAAAUACCAAUGCAAUUAAUAAAUCCCUCUAGAUCAAAAUCUGAUCAACCUACGGCAACAUUAUAGUACCUCCUUUCAGUUUUCGUGAUUCUAUCAUAACCUAGGUAGUGGCUCAUCUGCAGAGGUAGCCUAGGCGCAUUCGGAAUUUAUUUUUUGUAGAUCAUGUGUAAUUGGACCUAAGUUCCUGUCUCUUAUUUAUUAAUUUAUUUUUCAUAUUUUGCUUGGAAGUGAUCGACUUUUACAUCCACCCUCACUGAUAGUUAUUACUUCUUACCUUGGAUUACCUACCUUCCAUUAUUGUCAAAAAUAAGUGUUGCAUAACUAAAAAUUCUUGAAUAAAUAUGAGUUUCAGUUAUGACUUUA